CCGAGUCCGCCUCGCGAUGUUGGUGCUGCUGCUGCUGCCGCUGCUGCCGCUGGCGGCGACGGCCGACCAGUGCAUGCACCCGGUGACGGACGCCAACUUCACGAACGCCGGCUACGAGGGCAUGUGGUACGAGGUGGGGAAGAUCCAGACGCCGGGCGGCGCCGCCUUCCAGAAGGACUGCGUGUGCGACGCGCUGAACUUCCACUCGGAUGAGCCGCAGCUGGGCGACGGCGAGGUGACCUACACGUGCCGACACAAGACGGUAGAUGGCGCCUUCACCAACAUCACCGCCGACCUGCGCUACGCCGGCACGCCGGGCAACUUCGCGCAGCAGUUCCGCUUUCCGUUCGCUCCCGUGACCGACUACAACCUGGUGCUGCUGGCCGAGGACGCCGCCAUCGAGUACGACUGCAGUGCCGGCCUGUUCGGCGUCAACUACUGCAUCCACUUCAUCAGCCGCACGCCGCAGUUGCCGGCCGAGCGGCUGCAGGAGCUGCGGCAGUUCGCCGACCAGCUGGGUCUGAACACGCACCAGCUCGACUACAAGGAGAACGUGCAGGACGGCUGCUGGUGAUGGGCGGAGCCGGCGUGCAGGACGGCUGCUGGUGAUGGGCGGAGCCGGCGUGCAGGACGGCUGCGGGUGAUGGGCGGAGCCGGCGUGCAGGACGGCUGCUGGUGAUGGGCGGAGCCCG